AUGCUUGGCGUAAUAAAACUAUCGAUGAUGCUGAAAUCGACUGGGAGACAAAAGUAACCUCUAUUCAAGAAGAAAUGUCAGACAAUAAUGAACGUGCUCGACCUCAACCAUCACCAAGAGAUUAUCCAAUGUUAGGCGCUAAAGCAUUAUAUGAUCAAAUGAUAAUAGCCGGGAUACGACGUCAACCAAAUUGGAUUGCAAGAUUCCGGUGUAAAGGAACAGAUUUAAAAACUGGUGCUAGUGAAUAUUCAGAUUAUGUGAAAUUAGAAGUUUUAGCUGGUGAUACAU